CCAGAAAUGUAUAGGUAUUCAGCUUGUGUUUUAGUAUACAACAAGCUGUCAUCAGAAGUGGAGCAUACUUAACUAUUUUCGUUUUUCUUCUUUGGCCAUUCCAUUCUUCCUUUCUCAGUUUCAUAGAUAUUUGGCAGGAUGGCUGGCAUUAACAUCUCUAAGUUUAUGAAGAGUCAAAAGAAAAAAAGUUUUGCUGCCUUAACAGUCACCAUAACAUUUUGUAUCCUUCAUCUUCUCUUAUGGUUAUGUAUAGUCUUCAGGAUUGGCUGGCAUGCCCCCAAAUUGCAUCGAAAUGGAAUCCCAGCACAUGUUGCUAUUUCGCAGUUAAGUACUGUUGGAUCAGUCUCUGAUUCCAUCUGUAUAUUGGUAUCACUUGGUGCAAUGUUUGGACUAACUAAAGAUUAUAAUGGACGUCUUUUUCUGUUUGUAUGGGUCAUUUUCAUGGUGUUCUACUUAAUAUUUGAAGCCCUCCUGAAUUGUUGUUUCCUUUAUUGGUCAGUGGAAAAUAAACAAAUAAAGUUUGUCUUGAUAAGUACCAUUGUUUUCUGGCUUGGCCGCAGUUUUAUUCUGGCUGUUAGCACAAUACAGGUUAUGGCUAGGUUUUAUGAAUUAAUCAGAAUAAAAGAAGAAAACCAACCACCUACCAUCAUUGUAACAGGAACUAAUGGUGACCAACAAACCGUACGCAAUCCAGCUUAUAAGCCAAAAGCUCAACGUUCUGUAUCAGUAACAACAGUUAGCAGCACAAUGAGUAACCUCAGCAACCCUGAUGAAUACUGCGAGAAGCAAUACCCUGGAUUUCUUCCAAUGUCAAUCAAUUAUGAAUACGCCUACCCUUAUACAUUUGAUGAUGAUUUAUAUGAUCCUCAGUUUCUGCAAUAUAUCAUUGACUCUUAUCCCGAAAACCAACAGUCUGCUACUGGAGCAUCUGGAGCAAUUGUAUCCCCUUCAUACGAGGAAGCAACAAGUGGGCCUAAUUUGUGCCCACCCCCUUAUAAUGUACAUGAAAAUUUGCCACCAUCUUAUAAUGAAGGGGAUGUGAAUUACACGUUAUCUGCAAGAAGCACUGAUAAUACACCUUCCUCUACUUUGCUUGAUAAUCAACAUUAAACCUCCCCACAGUUCCAUUUUAACUUCAACUUUAGAAAUGUAAAAUUGCUUCAAAUUUUUAGAGUCAAUAUUACUUGUUUGUUUUUCAUUAAUUUUGUAUAAAAAGUGCUUUUAAAAUGAUGUGUUUUCUAUUAAAAAUGGCUAAUAUUGAUAACAUAACAUCUCUGUAACAAAAAUGCUUUAAAAAUGACUCUUUCUAUGAUGAAAAUGUCAUCUAACACAACUGACAUGACAAUAAAUUGCUAUAAUGGUGAAUAAACAUUCUUUAAAAGAA